GUCCUUUUUUUUCUGCAACCGCACAACUCAGACAAUGACGAUUCCAAGCCGUGGGCAUCCACGACCGACGUCGAGCGUAGCCAAUCAAGGCGACAAUGCCUCUACGUCGAAUUCCUCACCCCGCGCGGCAAGAGGUACAUCCAGCGCCAUGCCGACAAAGCCGUCAUCCGGUGUUAGAGAUUUCAUGGCUCAGCAAAGGGCCAAAAUAAAGGCACAGCAGGACCAAGACAAGUUGAAGGCUUCCAAAAGACCACCCAAGGUUCCAAUGCCAUUUAAAGAAGCCCCAAGCUAUAGCUGGGAUGACACGUUAGACCGUGGAGAAGCCUUUGGUCACACUCCACCACGCACAAGCAAAAUCGAAACAAUGAUCAAGCAAGCCAAGUCAAGCGGUAAACUAAAUAUUUCAAACCGAAAUCUGGAUGAGAUUCCCGACGCGGUGUGGAAUAUGUAUCAUGUUGAUCCAAACGCUAUCACAAUCGACCUGAGUGGCGGUAGUGACGCUUGGUCUGAUCUGGAAGAGUUGACUCGCUUUAUAGCUGCUGACAACCAGCUUAGUACCAUCAGUGAGAGAAUAGGUGAAGAAUUUCUUGCCCUUCGCCAUGUGGAUCUCCAUAACAAUCGGCUGACAAGUCUACCGAAUACAUUUGGAAAUCUGAAAAACAUUACAUACGUCAACCUUUCCGCUAAUGGAUUCGAAGCGAUUCCUGUUCAGCUCUACAGUCUCGAAAAGCUGAAAGAGCUUAAUUUGGCAGGAAACAAGAUCCAAUCCUUCGAUCCCAAUAUAGCCAAUUGGACGUCAUUGGACACAUUAAACGUAAACGAUAAUCUCCUGACGCGCUUACCGCAAGAGAUGGAAAGUCUAGUUUCCUUACGUCGCUUACUUGCCAAUGGUAACAAACUUUCUGACCUCCCUAAUGGGAUGCUGUCAACGUUCGGCGAUAGACUAGAAGACUUGGAGUUGGCAAAUAAUAGUCUUCAGAAAUUGAUCAUAAAUGGAAAGCUACACCUUAAAAGAAUUGACCUUCAUCACAAUAAGCUUCAAGUGCUUUCAUUCGGCGCUGAUGCAUCUCUGAAGGAUCUGUAUGAGCUUUUGUUGAGCCGUAAUCGUCUAAACCAGCUAGAUAAUGUAGAGAUGGCGGCUGUCAAUCUGUCUAUCAUUGAUAUAUCGAGUAAUGUGUUUGAAGAUAUACCCAGUUCGAUACUCCAAUUGCAGAGUCUGAAGCGUUUGGAUUUCAGUAGCAAUCAAUUGAAAUCCUUACCCGUUGGUCUUGGAGCCAUGCCAAACUUGCAGGUCAUCAGCUGGGAAGGAAACCCGCUGCGGUCUCCACCAAGGAACAUGUCAGGAUCAAUGGAUGUUUUAAAAUCAUUGCGUGACAGUUUGAAAAGCGGAGGCGACUCUGUGCUGGAGACCAACACUAAAUUGCGAAAUAUGCAACUUGGUGAUUCACAUGCUGACGCAAGUCCUAUUAUACCAUCCAAAAAUUCGACACUAGCAGCAGAUCCCCAAAAUGUUAAGAACAAGACUUUGGAUUUGACAAAGCAGCAAUUGCAAGAGUUUUCAACUGAAAUGGCUGAAAGCGUUGACUUUGCUGUUGCUCACAUCCGAUUUGAUCAAAAUUUGUUGAGCGAGUUUCCUUCAUCGUUGACACAUUUCUCCUCAACAUUGGUUACUCUGUCGUUGCAUCGCAAUAAGUUGACCAAGUUCGAGCUUAACUUUCAGCUUCCAGCGCUGAAAGAGCUGAAUCUCAGCAACAACCAAAUUCAAAUCUUCACGAUUACACAGGAAAACCUUGCACCACUGCUAACAAAUCUCAACUUAAGUUGCAACCGGUUGAAGGAAGUCCCGGCUCGUCUCACUGAAUACCUUCCUGGUCUUACCAACCUCAGUGUCAACACAAACAAAAUUACAACCAUCGACCCAGACAGUUUUCCUGGAAUCCGAGUCCUUGAUCUUGGGAAUAAUGACAUUUCACAAGUGCCUCCGCUACUAGGUAGAGUAACAAGCAUCAAGGAACUGAAUUUGGACGGAAACUGCUUCCGUGUGCCUCGACGUGCUACUCUUGUAGCUGGUACGGAGUCGAUUAUGGAAUUUCUACGAAAUCGAAUUGUGGAAUAGUGUAUGCGUUUGCAUAUACAUGCUGUCACAGCUUGAAGAGUUGACAGAGAUAUAUACCACUUUUAUUUACUUGAAUAAAUCAUGCUUCCUAAGACAUCUGAUGAACCACUGAAACUCAAUUGUCUGUUUUUGUUGCAUUGUGGUUAAUACAUGGUUAUUGCAAAUCGGCCGAAAUCUUCUUGCCAAAUCGUUGGAUGUCAUGGGUCAGUAGCUGUGGCUCUUCCAAAGCAGCAAAGUGCCCUCCCUAGAUGAUCUCUCGUUUAGUACCGUACUGCAUGUGAGAAAAAGCACUUCAUCUACUCACGCUAGGAUGUUCUUCAUAUUGGACCAAGUUGACCUGUGAAUCAACCCACUCUCUAGGCAUCUAGUAAGAUAGC